GGACAGCUACUCCGUUUACUAAUCGAUCACUUUGGGAGUCGCUGUGCCCAUUCGGGACGUUGUGCAAGAGAAUACGGAAAUACUGUGACACGGUGCCGUGGAAGAUAUGCGGAAGUGUCGGAACAAGUGUGUUUGUCUGAAAGGUGACCCGUGACGGAUAUCUGAAAUCUCCGUGGUAUAUCGUCGCAGAAGAUAUAUUUAAAAAAUUUCAAUGGCAAGGUCUGGUUGACAAGGUAUCAACUUCGAAGCGAGAGGGGACAAAGGCUUGCUACUGGCGGAGAGAGUGAAGGGAUAUGAUGAGAUAACGAAUACAGAAUGAGAUACAGCAGCUGUGAGCUCCUCGGUUAUGCGGUCCUCACACUUACUUUGCAUCUCAACGGACAAGCCAACGGUGGCAUUACGUGCAAAGAUCUGCAAGGACGCUCGUUCGAGAGUGGCUUUCACUAUAUUCCUGGACCGGAACCUUGUACACUUUGCGUAUGCGACAAUGGGAAUCCAAAGUGGUGUAAAGCAGUCAUAUGCACGUUACCGCAGGACGCGUUGCCAAAGCAUGACUGUAAGUCCUUCCGUUUCGGUAAUACCUGCUGCGAAUUCAUCUGUAUGGAUGACACCCUGUCGUCGGUAUCAAACGACAAGGGCGAUGGACAUGGGGCGAACAUCAGCGACCCCAACGCUAACAGCGACCUCGGGUUCAGAGUGAUAGUCAGCUGUGUCACGGCGGCCAUCUCCUUGGGUGUCGUCUUCCUUGUGAUCCAUCGUCUACGUCAGCGCAAGAUCAGAGCAGGCAGACAGAGUUGCCAACUGCCAACAGAAGAUGAGCUAAGAAGUCUGGGCAGCAUGAACUACCUGGAGCGCGGUGGUCUACCACGUGGAGUACCAAUGGAGGACAUGCCGUGCGGCGGAGGAUAUCCGCUUUGGAAACCACCAGGAAAUUAUUUUCCUCGCGGAGAAGCCCCACCGCCAUACGAAGAAGCCGUAGCAGCGGCCAGGGCCGAGCAAGCCCUCUUGUCCAUGAGUCCGCACGCCCUGUCACCUUUGAACUUUCCAAGCAGCUACCUGGCGAACCACAACAGUCAUGCCAGCAUCCCCAUAGUCCCAAGUAACGAGGGCUUAUCCUCGACCUCGCCCAACCUCUCGGCUAAUCACGGCACGAGCACGUCGCCUCUGAUCGCCUCCAACAACAGACCUCACAGUAGCCCUGGGGCUAAUACCAACUGUCACCAGCUGAAUGAGAGCGACAAUUCCAAUACAACUACGGGCUUGUACCCAAGUAGCUCGACGAACUUUAACAUGGGAACCAACACUUAUGAGAACCUCCCGACGCCAGUCGGCAUCUCGAGUAUCGUACAGCAGCACACGAGCAUCCAGAACACCAUGCUCUCGUUACCCACGUCCCACUCGACUGUCCCAAAGACGUACCAGCAGCACACGACGCUUCCGCGCCAGGGUGGCGCCUUCACGAUAUCCGCCACUUUACCCAGCUCGAAUACCUCCAGCCAUCGUACCAUACCCAGGACCCUGGCCACUAGUGGAAGUCUGAGGUUGCGCAGAGAGUUCACGGCUCAUCCAUCCGUGGCACCGCCGCCCUUUGACACUCCGCUCAGGAACGUGUCCCCACAGCAUUCACCACAGUCUGCACCACCUACGGCACCGAUCCAGAGCCAGAGCAACGAGACCACCACCAGGUCUGAUGCGUUCUACGAGGACGUCCUCGUGGGCCUGCCGUCAGCACCACCUCAGGUCGAGGGUCAGCCACCGGAAGCGACGUCAACGCCCCUCCGCAGCUACAAGCCAAGCACGGAGACCAGUACGGAGGUCAACCAGGACGGCAGCUUCGAGUCUGUCGCCUGUGCUUGCAGCAUGCAAGCUCUGCCGACGCUUCACGACGACGCAGACGAUUAUCGCAGCGAGUGCGAGAACUGCAAGAGCGCCACUGGCUCACGUUACUACCUGGACAACGAGGACGAGCUGGUGAUCUCACCCCACGAGACCAUGACGCUACAUCGACGACCUGAGGAAACUGCUUCCAGCACGACCCCACAGUAUUACAGGACUUCCCUGACACUGCCGACGAGUACUCGUCAACGCACCAGGAGCACCGGAGCUCGAGACAAUUGGUUCAGCUCCAUGCCGGAAAGCUCCACCGAAUCUUCGGACGAGGAUUAAUUAUAAAAAUCUCAUUGUUACAUGUGUCAUUCGAGCGUUGAUAAUUUCAUGUAAUAUCUGUAUCUAAGUAAGCCAGUGCCAAAACGCAUAACCACGUAUUAGUUGUAUAUCGACGGACGUAUCCGGUAUCCAUUAUCGUUUUCAUCAAUUAACAUUUAUUUACUGGUAGUAUACGGUUAUUUUAUCGGUAGCAUGCGUUAUCAGAUCGAACACAGUUUUCUAGCAGUCUACUGUAUGUACACCACAUUUAGGAUACUCAUUACGAACACUCUGUAUAGCUGAAUAGCUUUAAGAUUUCGAUUUUGCCGCGGAUGUCAUUCUGCGUACACGCGAAUCCAUUUUUGAAUUCGUACAGGAUAUUCUCCGAAUUCUUCGACUGUCUUCGAUUCAUUUACGGAUGUGUUUUUAUUGUCGAUCGUUAUUGCAGAUUAUCUUGAAUUAGUAUAGCCUUUUUCUGAUAUACGUAUAACGUAGAGUAACGUGAUGUAGGACAGUGAUAAACUUAUUAACAUUGACAUUACUUUAAAUCGUUAACGUUUAUAAAUAAUACCGAGAAUCUAUGGAUCGUCUUGACGUUGAUUGUUGAUUUUAAUUUACAAAAUUUUCAUCGGUAGAUCUCGAUUUUUUUUUUUUUCAUUUUCACUUCGUUUCUCGGCAACUUGACGAUUUUAUAAUCAAACUCACUUGUCCCCCUCUCUUUUUUGAAGAGGGGAGCAGGGGAUAACGUAUAUUGCGCACAAACGUACGAGCGACUGUGCCAACAAAAAAUUGCGGAUGUGUCGCUAGAAAGGGAAAUAUGAAAUAAGCAAAAAUUGCGAUCAAGGACGGGCGGGAAAGUAGUUGACGGGGAAAACGAAAACUCAAAAAAUUCAAAAUCGAGAACGCUGGCGUUCGCGACUGUGGUGAGUCAAGUUUGAUUUUUUUUAACAAAUUUUAUUAGUAGUAUUCUAGAUUAAUAUUGAUUACGUAUUUAGUUAUGGUUGGUGUAUCUGUCGAUCGUAAUGUUUGCGAACGGAGGGGUAGAAAGGGGGGGGGGGAUAUGAUUUUUAGCGACAAAAUUGAAAAAGAGGAGAAUUUAAAAAAAAAACAGACGACCACGUUUAAAUGUUAUUUUAUCAAAAAAAUGUGAUUUUUGGGGGGCAUGGACACGGUGGACCCGUUGCACCAUUUUUUUUUAUAUACUUAUUUAAAAAUCCACGUGACACUUUGAAAGUACACUUUUCGAGCGGGAUACGAGAAAAAUAAUUGCAAUGUCAAAUGUCGCGAGAAACUUUACAAUCGUGGAAAACAAUAGAAGACGAUUGACUUUUGAAUUUUAUUAAAGUACCGAAAAGAAGCGAGGGAGUGGGAAUUAAUGAUUUUUAAGCUACCAGCGUGCAUUGCUCGUUACCAAGAGGUUACCAAGAUUUUUAGUUUUUUAUUUAACGAUAUAAAUUCGCAUAAGUGUUGACGCGUUGAGAAAUCUUUUAUUAUUUUACAUUAUAAUAUAUUUAUUGUAUAUUUACACGAAGCGUUUCCCAAAAUGUCGAUACCGAACUGACACGAAUUCGUUUUUUCGUAAAAAUCCAAAAUAAACGUUUCACGGAAGUAUUAUUGCGCGAAAAUGAAAAACGCUUAAGGAACUAUAGUUUUAUUUUUUUAUGAAAAAUCUGAUCCCGCUAUUAAAAUGCGGUCAUUUCAUGACACCCGACAUACCUUUUAUACUUGUAUACUUUUACAUUUGUUGAAUUCUUCAUAUAUAUUUGGAUUUUUUUUUUUGAUACGCGUAUUCCAUGACAAGUGACGUAAAUUAUACAUUCCUAGUAUUAAGAAGAUAACUAAUCUGUCUCCGUAUGAGUUACGUAUAUUUUUUGUAUACCAAAUUCAAAAGAAAUUUCUAAAAUUUUAAACCAAUCACUAGCAAUCAGUUUGCCUACAGCAUACCUGGAAUGCACAGUUGUAUUUUGAAAUAAUUUCUUGACUCUUCGAGUCGCCAAUUAUCAGUGUUUCAUUGAGUGAGCUUGCAAUGUAAGCAGGUACACAGGGUAUCCCGGUGUAACGUAAGCGUAUACCCGACCGAAGGUACUGAACCUUGCCGGACAAUUUAAGAAAAUGUAAAAUCAGCACAAAAGGAAAAAAUUGAAAAAUAAAACUGAUCCAGCUGCAUGUAUGCGAGAUAACGUUGGAAAGAACAAAAGAUACGGAAUCGAUAGAAAAUGGUAUAAAAUACAAAAAAUAAUUAAAUCCAUAGAAAAAAAAAAGCGAAAGAAAAAUAUAUACAUUAUAUAUAUAUAUAUAUACAUAUAUAUGUAUUUCAAUUAAAGAGAAUACUACAUUACGUUCUGUGUAUAUCCUUAGUAUUAGAAUUUCGAUUUGUAAUGCGAUUGGUCUAAGCGACAUUGGAGCGUUGUCUAAUUAAAGGGAGCACAGAAAAGGGAAGAGACUUGAAAAGAAAAUAUCUUCAGACUCACCGGUAUCUCUGACGAAGAACUUUUUAUACAAAAACUUUGUGGGAGUCGCGAUUGUAUUUUACAGUGUAAAGUUUGUAUACCGUAAGGUGGGGAACGACGGUGUCGUGCGAAUACGGACAAUUAGUAUUAAAGAAAUUCGCUUCUAAUUUCUAAGAUCUUUACGAAAACCGUUAAGACCUUCGACAUUCUAUUGUAUCGCACGAAUUGGUUCUCACGUAAUUUCUGUAUCGCGAUGGAGCAAAGGAUGAAAUAUUUUUCUCUUGUUUCCUUCGUUGAUUUACUUUUUUUUUUUUCUAACCGGCACCGAUUCGAUACGACUGAGAAUCGAAGAGGUGCGAGAGACGCAUGAAUUGAGUUUGAGGGACGAAGAGAUAUUUAUAAAAAAAAAAAAAAAAAAAAAAAAAAAAAAUAGAAAAAAUAUUCUUUUUAAAAAAAUCAGACCUAGAACAUUGGUUGGAUGUAACGUUAAUUUUUUUUUGUGCGCGUAAACGAGAGCGAAGAAAAAUGACAUAGCGUGUAACAAGGGUCGAGCGAGAGAAAGUGAACAAAGAGGAAAAAAAAGAUGUGUUCAGUACAUUCUGUACUUUUGUAUUUUGUGGCGAAGUAUUAUUUUUCAAAAACAAUGCACACAAAGGGAGGGCCGAGGACGAUAAAUUUUGAAAAUCGUUUCCGGGAUCUGGUAAUAUAAACGGAACGAUCGGCGACAUUACAACCGAUCCUGUAUACGUAAGAAUUAUUUGAAUUAAGCCGAGUACUCGUUUAGCAUUAACGAUUACUGUAACAUAUUUACCUGAUAUUUAGAGCUAGAAGACGAAGCUAAUGAAAGGAAAAGAAAAAAAAAAACAAGAAAUCUCUAUUGAAUUUACUCGUAUAGGUAAACCAAAUUAAUUGACAGCGGAGAUGAGAGAUUGAAGAGGAAAAAAAAAUAAAAGAAAACCAAUGAAUCGGGUUCGAAAAAAAAAAAAGAUGGCAACGGAUGUGCGUGCUAUAUCGUGUUACGUAAAAAAAAAAAAAGAAAAAUCGUUACGAUUCUGCAAAUUAAAUAAAAUCGAUCGCUCGAUCAUCCGAUCUGAUGCCACCAGAUGUGCCACUUUGAAGAAAAUGACCGUGAGAUGUCGCAUCCUCGAUUGUUAUAUCGAAAUGCGAUUUGUGCGAACGAUGACUCGAAUGCGUUUUACGAAUGAAAAUGAAAAUAGUAUUACUCGAAAGUGUCAAAGAUUCCCUUGUUAAUAAUAGUUCUAGUUACUACAACUGUGUUUUACGAUAUCAGAAAUCGCUCCGUCGACGCGGAGAAAAAGAAUUGUACGUCGCAAACUAAGCAUGACUUCCCUCAUUUGAACUUGGACUUAAUACCGUAUGUAUUCUACGUAUGUAUAUGGUACCGGCGGUUGCUGUCACGGAAAAUUCAAUAGCUAUAGUCGAUUUGGCAUAGCUGCACUUGAAACUUUUGGAAGUGAACGUGCACGAUCGCUCGUUGGGAUGUCGAUGACUGAUUUUGUGAAUCUGAAAGUCUGUGACGAAUGGUCUUCAUUUUUUGUUGGAGAUUCCGUGAGAGCAACGCUGUUACACUGACACCAUUACCGAAUAACGCCAUUUUAUUUCUAACUACUAUAAUUACUGUCACGAUUCAAUGAUGUUGUUAUUCAUGCACGACUAUAGGCCAAAAUAUGUAUCGGCAGACAAAUUUUAAAAAUAUAGUCCAUUAUUUUUAUCGUAAAUGAUACACAAA